AUGUCCGUGGUCAAAAUCCUGUGCUGUUUGCUGUUAACCUAUCACCUCAAUGAUGGAAAGAAAAUCAAAGGAAACAAAGCAGUGGACUCAAAGCAGAGGGAAGUCCUGAGGCUGAAAGAGUCGUACGUCAGCAGUUCAAUCUUCAGGAUGUUUUUAGAAGGUGAGGACAACUGCAAACUGGACCCUCGGCAGCUGCACACUCUCACCUCCUGUGGCUUCAACAGCAGUAAUCCCCUCAUCAUCAUCACUCACGGGUGGUCGCUGGAUGGUAUGAUGGAGAGCUGGGUGCUCAGGUUGGCCACAACCCUGAAGACAAAUCUAAUAGACAUCAACGUGGUGAUUACCGACUGGCUGUCGCUGGCUCACCAGAACUACCCCACAGCUGCACAGAGCACACGCACUGUUGGAAAAGACAUAACUCACCUGCUGCACUCACUUCAGGUACACUACCAGUACCCGGUUAGAAAGGUUCAUUUGAUCGGCUACAGCCUUGGCGCUCACAUCUCUGGAUUUGCAGGAAGCUAUUUAGACGGUUCGGAGAAGAUUGGAAGAAUUACUGGUCUGGAUCCAGCGGGGCCACUGUUUGAAGGCAUGUCUCCCACAGACAGACUGUCCCCUGAUGAUGCUGAGUUUGUUGAUGCCAUCCACACCUUCACACAGGAACAUUUGGGCCUCAGCGUUGGCAUCAAGCAAGCCGUGGCACAUUAUGACUUUUACCCCAACGGAGGAGACUUCCAACCAGGAUGUGACCUGCAUAGCAUUUACGAGCACAUAAGCCAGUACGGGCUCCUCGGUUUCGAGCAGACAGUGAAAUGUGCUCAUGAGCGGUCCGUCCAUCUAUUCAUGGACUCUGUCAUGAAUAAAGACAAGCAGAGCAUGGCCUACAGGUGCAGUGACAAAAGUGCUUUUGAAAAAGGAAUCUGUCUGGACUGCCGGAAGAAUCGCUGCAACACGCUGGGCUACAACAUCAGGAAGGUUCGCAGUGGCACCAGCAAGAGGCUCUACCUGAACACACGCUCUCAGAUGCCUUACAAACUCUACCAUUACCAGUUCAGGAUCAAGUUUGUCAACCAGAUGGAGGGGAUCGAGCCCUCUCUCACCAUCUCCCUCACUGGAACAAAGGAGGAGAGUGGAGACCUCCCCAUCACCGUCACUGAAAAUAUUUUGGCCAAUAAGACCUACACCUUCUUGAUCACCCUGGACAGAGACUUAGGGGAUCUGAUGUUGCUCAAAUUGCACUGGGAGGGAUCGGCUCUGUGGAAGAACAUGUGGAACCGGGUGCAGAACUUCAUUCCCUGGGGCGGCCGGGAGGGUAAUCCACUGCUGACUGUGGGCAGCAUCAGCGUCAAAGCAGGCGAGACGCAGGAGAGGACAUCUUUCUGUGCCAUGACAAACGAUGGGCAGCAUCUUGAAGUUUCGCAAGAUAAAGUGUUUGUGCGUUGUAAAGAAGACACGCCAAAGCAGCACCGGAGAAAGCACAAUAAAAGACUUGCGUUGGUUCCUUAA